AUUUAAACAUUGGUCUCAUGCACUCAAUAAUUUGCUCCAACCUCGCCCAAAUUCUCGCGAUUUUCUCUCCUCUCGCUUUUUUGGUCUGCCAUCUCCUCUCCUCUCCUCUCCUGCGGCGACACUGGCGCUGAUCCUCCUCUCAUCGCCGUCACCCGGCCGCCGUCAGCCGCCAGCCGCACUCAACUCCGCCUCGACCUUAAACUGAAGCUUCUCUCUUAGUUGAUACACUUCCAUAACUAGUCCCCUGCAAAGGAGAUGAGGAUUGUGGGACUAACGGGUGGGAUUGCUUCCGGAAAGAGUACUGUUUCCAAGCUUUUCAAAGCUCAAGGCAUUCCCAUCGUUGAUGCUGAUAUUGUUGCUCGGGAUGCAUUGAAGAAGGGUACAGGAGGAUGGAAGAAGGUUGUGGAUGCAUUUGGGGACGGCAUUUUACAGCCUGAUGGGGAAGUGGAUAGGCCUAAUCUGGGACGUAUAGUAUUCUCCAAUCCCGAUAAACGUCAACUACUUAACCGGUUACUGGCGCCUUAUAUUUCUUCCGGCAUCUUCCAAGAAAUAUUAAAGCUAUGGUUGAAGGGACACAAGGUGAUUGUUCUUGACGUCCCACUAUUGUUUGAAGCCAAAAUGGACAAAUGGACCAACCCUGUUAUCGUCGUCUGGGUUGAUCGCGAAACACAGCUAAAUAGAUUGGUUUCAAGAGAUAGAAUAACCGAGGAAGAAGCUAAUAACAAAAUUGAUGCUCAGAUGCCUCUCGAUUCCAAGAAAGAUAAGGCGGACAUUGUGAUUGAUAAUACCGGGUCGCUAGAUGACUUGAAUGAACAUUUACAGAAUGUGUUGCGUGUAGUCAAUCGGCCAUUAACGUGGAGUGAAUUCGUGCUUUCUAGGCAAGGAGCAUUUUCAGCUUUUGCUUUUGUUGUUGUUGGUGUUUUUGUGGCCAAAAACAUAUUUAAAUGUCGAUUAUAGGUUUUGUAGCCUUAAUUACUUCAUCUUGUAGUAAUUUGGAAAGAGUGUAGUGCAGUAAUUUGUACUUUCGUAGUAGUACUACGUAUAAUUGUAGAUUUGUUGAUGCACUAUGUUGUCUCAAUAUAACAUACACUUUUGACUUCAACAACUUAUAGAACUUUCUAUUUUUCUUAA